AUGCCCUGGCUUUCACUGGCCCACGUCUCCAUUAAACCCAUCUUUGUGACCUCUAUAUCGUUGCUGGCUUUGAUUUCGUACCAGACCCUCCAUGGCGACCGUAUCUACCCCACCAAGCAUACUUCCUCCUUGAACGAGGUCCUCAGCAUAGGAAUUGCGGACCAUAAUUGUUCUCUGCCCACAGCGCGCUAUGAUAUCAGUACUGGUAGAGCCGCAUGCCACCCUUCAUCAGGAGGUAUAUGGAUGGUCGAGCUAAGCGCCCUUGAACUGCAAUACCUGAAUAUUAACUGCUUCAACUCACCCGAGAGAUCCUGGGAUCGCGAUGAAGAAAAUCACUUCUGUGAGCAACUUCGACCAUUCGGAGGUUCCUGGUAUCCUUCACAUCUCUCGGAUGGACUAUGGAUCGAUGGGAGGUGUAGUGAGCUACACCAGCUGGAGCCAGCAUUCUCAGUUUUCCGUCGCAUUGGUUACCCAGGGGGGGGUGUAUGGGUUUUGGAUAGAGAACUCUCAACCAGCGAGACAGCAGUUCGGAAUGCCCUGGCAAUGGAGGAACGGUGCAUUGUUCUAGAAAAACUAGGUGCCAUCUUCUGUAGAGAUAUGAAGUGUUGUUCGGCUUUGACUGAUCUCUCCAAAGAACCACAUGAGCUGGUAAAGGAGAGGAUGUGA